UUGGCAUUUAUCAGCAAACGUGGAAUCAAAAUAAAAACAGUUAGGCUAUCUGUAGACUACGAGCUACGUGUUAAGUCCUCACGUUGCAUUUGAGUGUCAGUGAUUCUUAAUUUUCAGUGAUUACCUGAAUUAAAUUGUUACUUUUAUAGUUUAAAAUUUGAGUAAAAUGAUAGGAUACGCAAGAAUUGGUGUAAUUUUCUCUGUAUUGAUAGCUGCAGUUAAUUGUGAUUCAUGUGUUAGACCUGAAGUUUCACUAAAGCCAUUUACUACUGAAGAUGCUACAGUGGUUACCAAUAUUGCUUAUAUUGCUGAGUUUGAUCUGAAAUGUGAGUCUGGAAGCGUUAAUAAUUUGUAUGCAGAUAUAGAAGGCAGGAUAGGACCUAUAUCAAAAGUUGGACCUACAAGUUAUCAGGUGAGCUGGGUUGAGGAAGUAAAAUCAGCAAAAACAGGAGAUAGAGUGAUCAGGCUAUUUGAUGAAGAAGGUUACGUGGCUUUAAGAAAAGCUAUUAGGUCUGGCCAAGAUAUAACGUCAGUUGAACCCUUGGUGUAUGUUGUACUGAACCAUCCUGGAGCCUUUACGGGACCAUGGUUUAGAAGUGAAUCUGUUGCUGUUGUAGUUGGAUUUAUUAUUGCCUACAUUGCUGUUAGUUCUAGAUCAAAAUUGUCAUCAUAAUUUCGUUUAAUGGUUAUUACAGUUCAUUUGUUUGAACUAUCUAAGUCAACACUAAUUAAUUUAAAAUACAAAACUUGUUUUAAUAAAUAAUUUUUGAUAUA